UCAUAUGAACAACAAAACGCACAUGUAGUGACUGAAUCUCAUAUAAACAAAUGCUGCGAUUCGGUAAACCAGUUUAUCACCAGCGCUUUUAAAUUUUAUCUGUCCACCAAUCAGAGCGCUUCUUUCUGCCGUGCACAACCAAUAGGGGUCUCUCUCCUAAGAUGGUAACAGAUCCCAUAAAAUAAAUCAGCGAUAGUGUCCUGCUCGAGCCAGCAGCGCUGUGAAAGAGCAGACAUGUCGGAAUUUCUGGAUGACCCGUCCGUGCUCACCAAAGAUAAGCUGAAAAGUGCACUGAUGGCCCAUAAUGUGGUUCUGCCGAACGGUGACCAGAGGAAAGACGUGUUCGUACAGCUGUACUUGAAGAAUCUGACCGCGCAAAACAAAAAGAGCAGCGGCUCUCCAGAUGUCUUCUCCAGCGACGAGGAAUUGCCACCAACCCCCGUGAUCUCCAACAAGAGCCGCUCCGGCAGGAAAGCUACCAGGAAAACGGAUAAAGUUCGUCCAGAGGAAAUCGAUGUCACCGAAUUGACCAAUGAGGGUUUGAAAGACCUGUUACUGAAGUAUGGUUUGAACGCAGGACCCAUUGUUGCAUCCACCCGUAAGGUCUAUGAAAAGAGGCUUCAAAAAUUGUUGGAUCUGGGCCCUCCUGAAAAAGUGGCCCCUCCCUCAGAUGUAUCACAUGUAGAUGGCAACCAUAAUGGCAACACAGACUCAGACCAGUACAGUGACAAGGAGGAAGCUGGUGCAGAAACGGUAGCACCAGCCCCUGUGUCUGUGCCCGAACCAGAACCAGAAGUGGAAGCAGAACCCAUUCCAGUUGUGGAGAGGCCUGUCAGGAGCAGAGAGAAAAUACAAGUGACCACCAGAACACGCGGUAGCCAGCACAACAGGGUUGAAAAGGUGUCUGCCGUUGAUCAGACCCCAAGGACCGUAGAGAGAGACGUUCUUGAAGAGAUCUUUUCUAACGAAAACCUCAGCACUCCCACAGGAAUCAGUGCCACCUGUCGGCGACCAAUCAGAGGAGCAGCUGGCCGGCCUGUAGUUGAUACAAAGCUGGACGAAUCCCGUUUCCAUCUUGCGGAGCUCAGAGAAACCAACACCUCCUACACAGAGACCCGGUCUGUUCCAUGGGCGGCAACUGUCCCUUUAACCGCUUCCAAGCCUCUGGCACCCCCCGCUGUGAAGACCAGAGCACGUCGUGGCCUGCCAGUCUGGGUGCAGCUUGUGCUGCUCAGUGCAGUCGCUGUAUUUCUGUUCUUUGUCUACCAGGCCAUGGAGACUAAUGAGGUUGGACUCUUCAAGCAAAGUGGAGCAGAUGAUAGCACCAGCAAGUGAACAUCGUACAAAUCAUCCCAGUCUUUGCCCUCUCUCUUUAUCAUUCUCAGCCAGUAUGACACUUUGUUGGCUCAACCAUUAAAAUCAUGGACCUUUACCUGCUUUCUUUGUAGAUUCAUAAAGAUGGCAAUGCUUCAGCAUCAUGUUCUCUGUUCCUGCCCUCUGCCAACUGAAUCGGUUGAGAGGAAGAAAACAUGGUUUUAAUUUUAAGAAAGAGGAGCCUCUUAUAGUUUCUGAGUCAUGAACUGUUUUUUUCCUUCUUUUUGCUUGUUGAGUGAGUGAGUGGAUGGGUGUAUGAUUUCAUUUGUAUUUUAUUUUACAAGUUAAUGUUGGUGCUGUCAGAGUGUUGAAGAUGAGUUGUCUAUUUACCUUUUUGUUUUCUUUGUUAACAUCAUUUAGUGUCUACUUGUCAUAUAUGCAUUUAUUUUCACAGCUCUUAAAAGAUGCUGUAUUCAUCUUAACAUUGAUGCCUCUUGUAGUAUUUAUGUAUCUGUUGUUGAAAUACAAAUAUUUUCAAUAAACU